AUGGCUCGGAGGAUGAGCCUGGACGAGCUGGAGGACCAGCUCCUCUGCCCCAUCUGCUUGGAGGUCUUCAAGGAGCCGCGGAUGCUGCAGUGUGGGCACUCGUACUGCAAGUCCUGCGUGGGGUCCCUCUCUGGAGAGCUGGGCGGGCAGCUCCUGUGCCCCGUGUGCCGCCAGACCGUGGACUGCAGCGCCUCGCCGCCCAACGUCACACUGGCCCGUGUCAUCGAGGCCCUGCAGAGCCGGGGCGAGCCCGAGCCCACCCCGGAGUCCUGCCCCACGCACCACAACCCCCUCAGCCUCUUCU